UAAUUUGCCCUUGCAGCUCCCAGCUCACGAUAAACACGGCGAUUGUUUACAUGCACAGGUUUUAUAUGCACCAUUCGUUCACCAAGUUUAAUCGGAACAUAAUAUCUCCUACGGCUCUGUUCUUAGCAGCGAAAGUGGAAGAACAGCCCCGGAAGCUGGAGCAUGUUAUUAAAGUAGUAAAUGCCUGUCUUCACCCGCAAGAGCCACAGCUGGAAACAAAAAGUGAUGCAUACCUUCAGCAAGCUCAAGAGCUGGUUAUACUUGAAACAAUAAUGCUUCAAACUUUAGGUUUUGAGAUUACCAUUGAACAUCCGCACACAGAUGUUGUGAAAUGUACGCAAUUAGUGAGAGCAAGCAAGGAUUUGGCACAGACAUCCUAUUUCAUGGCUACCAACAGUCUGCACCUUACUACGUUCUGCCUUCAGUACAAGCCCACGGUCAUAGCGUGCGUGUGCAUUCACUUGGCCUGCAAGUGGUCCAACUGGGAGAUUCCGGUGUCGACUGAUGGCAAGCACUGGUGGGAAUACGUGGAUCCGUCUGUCACUCUAGAGCUGCUUGAUGAGUUAACUCAUGAAUUUCUGCAAAUACUGGAGAAAACACCUAGCAGGUUGAAGAGAAUUAGAAACUGGCGGGCUAAUCAGGCAGCCAGGAAACCGAAAACUGAUGGACAGGUAUCUGAAAACUCACUUCUUGGUUCAUCUCUGGUCCAAAAUUCCAUUUUGGUGGAUACUGUUACUGGUGUAGCUGCAAACACAAGUUUCCAGAAACCAUCAACAUCUUUUUCUGCACCAGUACCUCUGAGCUCAGGAAGCGUUGCUGUUCCAGACAGUCACGCACCUGAAAAUUUGGCAAUACUAACUACAGGAAUGCCAAGUACCUCAUAUAGUUUGGCAUCACACCAGGAGUGGCCUCAGCACCAAGAACAAGCAAGGACAGAACAAAUAUACUCUCAAAAACAGGAGCCCUUACCCACUAGUCAGUACAACAUGAACUUCCAGCCAGGUGCAUCUGUACAGAUGCAUUCAGGAGUACAUCACAGAGCUGAUAAACUCGCUGAGCAUUCUGCUGUCAAGCAAGAAUAUGCCCACAAGUCAGGAAACAAACACCACGGACAAAUUGCUGCUCCUGUAAUAAUUCCUCAAAAGAUGUCUUUGGAUAAAUACCGAGAGAAACGCAAGCUGGAAACGCUCGAGCUGGACGUAAGGGAACACUACGUAGCUACCCCGGGUGAGCACCAACACAAGAAGCACACGCAGCCCCAGGCACCCAGCAGCGCUUCUGUGACCUCCCCUAUUAAAAUGAAAAUUCCUGUUGCAAAUGCAGAGAAGCCUGAGAAACACCUGUCUGAGAAGAAGGAAAAGAGCGGCUCGCUCAAGCUCCGGAUCCCCAUCCCUCCCAACGAAAAGGGUGCCAGUAAGGAGGAGCUGAAAAUGAAAAUCAAAGUUUCUUCCUCAGAAAGGCACAGCUCCUCGGACGAGGGCAGUGGCAAAAGCAAACACUCGAGCCCCCACGUUAGCCGAGAGCACAAGGAGAAGCACAAGGAGCACUCCGUAAACCGCCACCACGGCCUCGGCCAUAAGCACUYGCACCCGCACAGCGGGGGCAGCAGCAGCGGGGGCAGCAGGCACAGCUCUGACGGAGUGACCCCCACUGCCCUGAGGAGUCCUGCGGGCCUCGGCAGUGACGGCAGUUCCUCUAGUUCCGGCUCUUCCAGGAAGAAGCUGCACAGCAACGAUGCUUCUCACAACCACCACUCCAAAAUGAGCAAAAGUUCCAAAAGUUCAGGUAGUUCAUCUAGUUCUUCCUCUGUUAAGCAGUAUGUAUCCUCUCACAGCUCUGUUUUUAACCUUCCCUUACCCCCUCCUCCCCCUGUCACAUACCAGGUGGGCUACGGACAUCUCAGCACCCUCGUGAAACUGGACAAGAAACCAGUGGAGAACGGUCCUGAUGCCCAUCACCAGUACCGUACAAACAGCCAGCAUAUGGACUACAAAGAUACAUUCGACAUGCUGGAUUCGCUGUUAAGUGCCCAAGGAAUGAACAUGUAGUCAAUUCUUAGGUGGCUUUUCUUUACUUUUUUUAAUUUAAGAAUUGUUAGAAGGGAAAACUUCCUAAUCUAGCAGCAGCAACACCAGCUGUUGCUGCCGUGGUUUCAGUAUAUGUAAGUGCUGCUUUAUCCUUCACUCUGAAAAGAAGAGGUAUAGUAAACACGUCUUUAUCUCCACAUACAAUAGUGUUAUAAAUACUGUAAUAGCAUGGAAGGUGCAAAAAAUCUCAGUAUUUCUACAACUGCAGCUAAGAACAGUAGAAUGAACGUCUGCUUUUAGGUGUAUAGGAUGCCUCGAGCAUUGAUUAUUUAUAUUUUUGAAUACUGCAGCCACAACUUUUUGUUGCUUAGCUUUUGAAUGAGUGUCAUUGUUUUCUUGUGUAUUUAUACUGUAUGUAUGAUUUGCAUGUUUCAAAGAUAAAGGGAUUAAAAACAGUAUGCUGACAACUGUUUACAAGAAAGUGGAGAAAAAUGUACAUACAUUUUUGUAUGUUUAGAUAUACCAUAAAUACUCAGGAUUGGAGCUGCUUGUAAGUAUAACAAAAUACACAUAACUUUAUUUUAUCUUGUCAGAGUCCAUCAGUUACCCAAACGGAGAUGGCGCUUUGUCAUGUUUAUCUUUAUACUGUAGGCCUUAGCGGAAGCCGCUUGGAAGGGAUGCUCCCUAGGGAAGGGAUCCAGGGCUGUAGGGUCAGUGUUACCAGCAAGGCAGGGGACUGGGGAGGCUGCUGUGUGCUGAUGAUGGCCAGACUGACCUCUGAAAUGUCCCUACUUUUCUGAAGGA